CUUGCCCAUUAUUGGUAUGGUAGCAUAUCUUAGAAUGAAUAGUAGUAUGUUUUGACAUAUAAGGGCGUAUGAUGAACUUUCGUUAUUCGGUUGAAAUUUAGUUUAUCAGUUCCCAUUUAGUAUUAAAAGAAAAUGGCGAUAAAUUUAACAAAAAACAAAGAUUCCCUUCUUGCGGCUUGGAAGGAAGUUGUUGAUGAUAAAUCAAAGACCGAUUGGGCUCUGUUCGGGUACGAGGGCCAGUCCAAUGACUUGAAAGUGGUCAGCAAAGGAGCGGGCGGGGUAGAGGAGAUGGCGGAGGACCUGAACAGCGGGCAGAUCAUGUACGCCUUCUGCCGGGUGACGGACCCCAAGACCAGCCUGCCGAAGUGCGUCCUCAUCACCUGGCAAGGAGAGGGGGCGCCCUUGGUCCGGAAAGGGACGUGCGCCAACCACGUGCGAGACGUGGCCAGCUUCUUCAAAGGCGCGCACGUGACGCUGAACGCCCGCACCGAGGAGGACGUGGACCCACAGCUGAUCAUCGAGAAGGUGGCAAAGUCCACGGGCUCCGCGUACAGCUUCAAGGAGCGCACGGACGUCACCAAGGAUUCUGGACCGGUCGGGACAACCUACAAGCGGGUGAUACCCAAGCAAGAGAUCAACACCAAGGAGAGAGACAAGUUCUGGGAGAAGGAGGAGAUAGAAGAGAAGAGGCGGCAGGAAGAGGAGCGCAAGAGGAAGGCAGAGGAGCAAGCGAAGCUGGAGAACGAGAGGAAACAGCGUGAGCUGAGGGAGGCGGCGGUGCGGGAGCAGCGCAUCAGGGAGCGCACGGAGAGCGUGACGCAGCUGCGGCAGGCGGAGAGGAGCGCGGAGCAGCACGGCCGGGCGGCGGAGCGCGGCGACGAGGACCCCGGCCGGGAGGAGCGGGAGAGGCAGUGCCGCAGCGAGGUCCUUCGCAAGCAGCGCAACCAGGAGGCGCAGGCCCUGAUAUCGAAGAGGACGAUCGAUGCGAGGGCGGUGUUCGAGCAGAACACGUCCGCCGGCCAGCUGCACAGUCUGCGGAGGACGUCCCUGGGUCAGCAGCCGAGCCAGGAGCCGCCCGGCGGCGCUGACCGGGGGACAGCGGCCACCAGCCCGCUCUCCGCCGCCGGGAAGGCACCGCUGCCCUCGUGGCCGCCGGAGGACUCAGCGGUGUCGCCCCUCCGAGACGACCAGAACAACACCACCGCCAAGAAGACCGAAGAGAUUUUGCAUCCUUACACAAACAACGAGGAAAGCAAAGACUCCAUAAUGUCAUCCAUUAUCAGCGAGCUAGCAGCACAAUCUGAAAAAGAUUACGAUGACGAGCAGUCGCCACAGUGGAACACGGGGGGAGGAACGACGCAGCCGGUGCUGCGCGAGGCCCUGCAGAUGGCGCAGUACGUGGAGGAGGAGGAGGCGCUGGCCUACAGCAACGGCCAGGGGGACCUGGGACUGCAGGCGAGGGCGCUGUACGACUACCAGGCAGCCGACUCGACCGAGAUCUCGUUCGACCCCGGUGACGUCAUCACGCACAUCGACCAGAUCGACGAGGGCUGGUGGCAGGGGCUGGGCCCUGACGGGACGUACGGCCUGUUCCCGGCCAACUACGUGGAGCUCCUCAACUGAAGGGCGAGGCUCGCCGACAUUUCGCGGGGAAAGUGUUCUUAAACAGCUUCUUAGCUGAAUUUGUUGACUGUUUUGGGAUCUGGCUGAGCAUUACUUCUCUGGAAGGAAGGUACAUUUUCUUCUGGUUAGUUGCAUUGAUGUUUUUUCCCCCCUCAUACGUACAUAUUUAAUUGAAGGUGUUGGAUUUGGUGCACAACACACACAUGUAUAUAUAUAAAAAAAAAGACCUAGGGAUGGGCAUGUAGAUUCUAUGGUGCUUCGAUUCCACUGAUUCUACUUGGAAUCAGAACCGUUGAUUCUCAAGCUGAAAGGAAUCGUAUCAUAUUUAGAAUGAUAGGUCGUAAGAAUUUCCAAUAAUUUGGAUGCAAAAUUGAUUCAUAUAAAUUGAUUCUUUCCGUAAUUGCUGCAUUUUCCUGCCAGUAAGCUGACAAAGCUUACGCAACUCGCCUAACACUGAUAUGCAAAAGACGUGGAAAAUUAUUUUAUGGUUAUAUCACAACCGCAAUCACCUGUGUUUAUCUGUAAACAAAGUUAGAUUUCUGUACUUGUGGGAGAAAACAUUGUAACCACUUUUAAAUUUAAUAACUUCAUUUCAUAAAUACAGCAAUAAACUAACUUUUCUUUCCACUCGUGAAAAUAAUAUAUUUCACUUCCAACGUCAACUAGCAAUUGUGAAUCCAUGUUGAACUAAAUAAUUUAAAGCAGGUUGGCCAACCAUUGUUCAUGAACAUUUUAUUUUUAUUUGGUAAGUCUUUUGUAUACUAAAGCCAAUUUUUCGUUAUUUAUUUGACACUUUUAUGUAAAUAUUAUCCGCUUAAAAGAAGUUAGUUAAAAAUUGGAUUUACGCGUAUGUAAAGUCAUUAAAUUGAAUUCCAAAGAUUUUUUCUUUGUGCAUAACAUGUUGGUUGCUUCUCGUGUGUAAACAAAGUUUUGUGCAAAAUGCACUGUUUUCACAUUUGUGUUGGUUUCUUUUGCGAUUACCACGAUAUCUUGCAUUACUAUUAAAUCUAUUGUGAAUUUUAAUCACGAUAAACAGAAAAUAUCUCAUGAUCAGGUAGUGUUUUAAUGUCAGUGUAAACGUUCACUAACGUUAAGCAAUUGGAACAACAAUCAGGACAGUUAAUGAUUGUGGCAGGGGAGAAGAUUUUUUAUUAGUUUGGUUAUGUAUUUUGUACAUAUUUGUUGAUUGUGAACCACUGUGACUAGGUAUAUAUAUGCUAAAAUAAUUUAUAAGUUACAGGCUAAACAUGAAUCUUUUAUUAUUAGUUGUUAACGAGAAGUCGGGUGGGGUACUACAACCCAUCAAUUCUUGCAAGCUUUUCAAUUCUAAAUUUUCAAAAAUGUACGUAUAUUUAUACUUCUUAAAUGUUAUUCUUUAGGUUAACCUUCUGCUUUAAUUUCCAAUAUUUCAUUCAGAAAGAAAUUAAAACUGGGAAUUAGAAUUGGAAUCGAACCUGAAAUCGAGUGAAAUUGUGGAAUAGGAAUCGAAGCAGCGUGGAAUUGAUCCAUCCCUAUUCAAGACUCAUAAGUAUUUCACAUUAAUGUAAACUACCACACCAUUUCAUGUAAGUUAAUAAUAGUAAUUUUUUUUUUUUAAACUUGGGAACAGUUGACUCAAAUUAUAUUGGGCAUUUUAAAAUGAUCUUUGUGGCAUUUCUUUUUUUCUUUCUGAAACUGAUGAUGAACUUUGUUACCAAAGCUAUUUAUGUAAUUAUGUAAUGAUGUCACAUUGAGGUUGGGAAAAUUAAUCUGAUAGGUGGCAGGAAUUGCUUCAUCUAUUGGCCUUGCAGUUCAUUAUCAAAAAAAAUGACCAAUCAUGUCUUCUGAAGCAUAUCACAGUGCUUGAAUUAAUUUUCUUUGUAUCCUACUGUUUUGAAUAGGUAAUGUUUGACUUUUUGUUUUUGUUUGGGAUUUUAUAAUAAUUUUAUCUGAUGGAACUACAAAAUCAUUUUUAAGUUACCAGGGAAUCACUUCAAAAAGAACAAAUAUGUAAUUUUUUUUAAUCAUUGUUUGUUUCAUUUUCUUAUGUUUGUUAGUGUUAUUUAAGUGGUGGGAAUAUGUAGGUAUGCAUUUAUCUGAAUCCAUCACAAUUUAAAAUUUAAGAAAAAUCCUUAGCAUGAUUCAGAAAAUAAUUUUCUUGUUAUUGAGUUUGUACUGGUUAAAGUAUUAUGUUUAUCAAAACAUCUUACUUAUCUUUCUAUCAGUGUUUACAACCAUUAUGUUUAUUUCACCCCCCCUCCCCCCCUCCCCCCCUCCCUUUUAUUUAUUGUCACCUCGUGGUUGUUAAAAGUGUAACAUUUUUAAAGUGACCCGCCUUCUUUUUUAUAAUUGCAGAUUAAGUUGAAAAAAAUACUAGUUUUGGGUUCAGGUUUAUUUGGUAUACAUAUUUAGAGAAAUAUUCACCUUAUCUCAAUACAUAUUGUGAGUGCAUAAACUUGGUCAUUGGAAUUUUUUCAGUUAUGGAUAUGGUGUCCCAUUUGAAAUAUUUUUCAAAAACAGUGUAGUCGUAAGUCUUUUUAAUUGUCAGUUUUUGCAGUGUGGUUAUCUUAUUGUCUUUUCCUGCAUCAGGGAAAUAGGCUUGUAGUUUGAGGUUGUAUGUGAACUUUAAUUUUUUUCUGACAGUGUAGUUAAUUUAAAUACAUAGUUGUGUGCAUCUUGAAUUCUAUUUUUCUUGCCUGAAGACUUUUGUAUGUCCUAGUCAGUUUUGUUGUCUUUGAAAGUGAAUGAAAUAGUAGAAUUUAUUGUAAUACAGCAUGUUACAAACUGAUGCUGUAGUGGUGGUUUAUUUUCCACUCACCAUUCAACUAUCUUUGUCAUAAAGUUACAGCAUGUUAUAAAUAAAUUUUAAAAUAUAAUACACAUACAGUAUUUGCCAUUUGGUACCUUUCAUGUUAUUAAAAACUUGUAAUUUUGAUGGUAAUUGACUUAAUAUGAUACAUUUUGAAUUCAUGCUACAUAUGACAAUUAUAUUAUUCUGAAUUAAGGAUGUGAAGAUUUAAUUUCUGGUUUUCAACUGGUUGUAAAUGAUGUCUGAUUUGUGUGAACAGUAUUUACACAACCUAUUGCUAGUCAGCUCUCAUCAGACUAAUGUUGGUAACGAACUCUUUUUAAAGGUGCUCACCAUUUUUAAGAUUCUCUGCAAAUGUGUUUUGUUCUGUUACUUGCAUUGAUUUUAAACUUGAUCUCGUUUAUAUUGUGUGUAUUUUUGUGCUUUUCUGUUUUAUCAUUUUACCUUAAACUAUAUAAUAAUUUUAGUUCUUAGAUAAUUAACAUUUUAUGUAGAAUGGCAUUUUAUUUACAAUAACCAGUCAAUUGAUUAAAUGUAUUUGAAGAAAACCCAUGUGUUUACAAUAUUAUUUUUAAUAUCUAAUAUGUUUAGGAGUGAAAAGCAAUUUUCUAAUUACUGAAAGUGGUUUUCACAGCAGAACGUUAUCCGGAAGUAUUACUAUUUACUGAUUAAUUAAAAACAUGUUUAAAUGAAUUAUUUACUAAUUGCAAGGGCAGACUGUGAUAUUUUAUACUAGCAUAAACUCUUGCUUCUAAAUUUAAAUCUCAGGUUUUGCAAAGCUACUGAUGGGAAUUUAGCUGCGGUGUAGUGUUAGCUCUUUAUAAAUUUAGCUUUGUUUUUUGAAUUGGCAAAUAUAAUACAGUCUUAAAUCCAGCAAGUUCAGGACCACUGUCAUACUAGAGUGAUUUUGCUGAUUUUUCGAAUGUCAAUAUAGUUUUAACAGGAAUACCAAUUUGAUAAUGUAAAAUGUGAAAUUUAACCUGCUAGAAAACGAAAUACUGAACUGGAAUGAAAAUGUACAGUAGGCUUGUGCAAAAAUUCGACUAAGCGAAUCAAUCAAAGCUCUUUUUAAUAUUAAAUUUGACUUUGCCAGGAAAUUUUCUAUUUAUUUAUUUGAAGCUUCAAUUGUGAUGCAAAGCUUCACGUUGUGUUGUAUAUGUUCUGCUUCAAUAAAAAUUGUUACUUAAAAAAAUUAUUAGAUGGCACUCCAUUUUUCUUAUAUGAAUGCCUAAUGUUAAUAUUAUGCAUGGUUAUUUUAUAAUUUUUAUUGAAUGAUGUUAUGGUAUUAUUAAUAGGGCCUAAUUGGUUAAUCAUUUAAUCAGUUCAAUAAAUUACAAACAUUAAAUGAUUUUUUUUCUUCUUAGAUCUGGUAUUUUAUAAAUAUUGUAACACAGAGAACAAUAUUUACAUGUUCACAUUUCGAUCCGACUUCACAAAUAUUUUAAACAUUCGUUUUGACAUUCACUUUGCAUCAGAAAACUAGUAUUCCCACAGGCCUAACCGACAGUUAAGAUAAACUCUGAGUGAACUAAAAAUGCAGGCAGUGGAGUGAUACGAACUGGCGGCCAAGUUCAGCAAUCGGAAUCCCCCUGGAAAUAGGUAUCCGAACACAAGCGGCUUGAUUGGUGCCAAAUUACAGAACCGUAGAAAGACUCAUUAAAGAUGUUCUGCUGUAGAUAUAUUUUGGCGUUACAUUUUCUGGCCAUUAUUGAGUUAUUAAGGGGCCCGCCUAGUCAGGAGUGUAGGUAUUUGUGUUGGUGGGGUGGAAUGAUAAGUGCGACACUCGCGGGUGCUUCUUGCGCGGUAUUGCGUCUAAGCGCAAGGCUGUGGACAGGCUUGCAGGCACUGUGCAUAGGACAACUAUGAGAUUUUACUGGUAACCAUAACAUUAUAUGAUGAUAAAAGUAAGUGCCUUGAAGAAAUUGUACUGGAUAGUUCAUGCCAAAACAUCAUUUUGAUAACACAAGUUUUAACCCUUUUUGCUCUCUUAAAAAUCCAUUUUAAAAACUUAAAUAAAAUAAAAAAAAUCUUUUUUGGCACAGUCUACAGGUGUAGGUAGAUUUCGAAGUACCUACCUAUUUAGUCUGGAAAUAUUUUGGAAACUUCUAUAAACUUCUUGUAGACCUUUCAAGAUUCUCUUUCAGUCUGUACCAACCGAGACAUAAAAUCACCAUGCAUGUUUUCGUCAUUUUUAACCAGUACCUUAAAAUAAAUGGAAAAACCUGUAAACUAAAACUAGCAACAUAAUAAAAUCUUAAUUAAUAAAAGAAAUUAAAAUAUUAACAACAAGAACUGGCGUUAACAUUGACUAUGUCACGAACGUAUUGAUUGAAUAUUUCAACACCAGACGUAAUGAUUUUCAUUUAUUGUACAGAAUUUUUUAUUUUUGACUCCUUGACACCUAGGUUUUGAUUUGAGGGGUAGAUUUGCAGUAUUCAAUGCGAUUCAAAUUUGAGACUUAGAUUUGAGAAAAUUGGGAUUCGACCCAUCACUAGAUAUAUCGAAGUAACAAUUCUGCAUGUUGUCGGCAAACAAAAUGGGCCAGUCUUGAAUAUCAGUCCAGGUAUGGGCUGUGGGGAGAGACGUAGCGACAUAAAAAUACCUAUUGCUAGGUAAAGCUACAGAUUGUCUAGUUUCAUAGAAUCCAAUUUUUAUUUGUAUUGUUUAAAAUUUCAAAACUGCAUUUAUAGGAAUUUUUCUCACUUAUUUCAUUACUUAACAUCAUACCAUUAUUAGCAUUGAAUGAGAGCUCAAAAUGGUGUUUUGAUUUUACAUUUUGUUUUCAACUUUAAGAUGAUGUAGGUAAGAAAAUGCUAUCGGUGGCCAAUAUUGUGCCGAUGUCAGUUAUUGGUGAAGGUAUAUCAGUUGUCAGCCAAUUGAAAUAAAAAGUACAUUGUAAUGGUACACUAUAUGGUCUAACAUUUUACAUACCAUUUUUCGACUCUCAUGCAUUUUAGCCUUUUCAUCAUAAUUUUUUUUUCAGCAUUGACAGUUAAGAUUCUGUCUUGGAUCACUAUUUUUUUUUUUUAUCUCCAACAUGAUUCUUUGCAUUGAUAAGCUGCCCUUGCAAUAAGUUAGAUCACAAGCAAAUGAAACUCCGAUAAUCUAGACAUUGUUUUAUAUGUUACAAGUCAGUAUACAAAAUGGUUUAUCAUAAUUUUGCAGUAUUUAUAGUUAGGCAUUAAUGUGGUUGAAAAUAAUGUUUAAUAGUUGGCUCUAAGAAUAAGUGCAAUGUAAUUUCUGUUGAACUGAUGGCAUGCUCUGUAUGUGCAGUCCUUGCCUAUAUGCUAUAUCAUAGUAUUAAAUAUUUUGUAUUAAAAAAAAAUAUUCUGAGAAAUGUAAAAUUUAUUUAGAAAUGUUAACUACUGUUGUAAAACAAGAUUUUUUGCCUUCGUGGCCAAACUAGCUAACUAAUUCUUGGCUUUUGGUUUGAAGCUAUGCCCGUGGAAAUGAUACCGGAUGCAGUUUUGCAAAUUAUUGCGGAUUUUCCAAUUUUCCAUAAUUAUUACGGAUUUAAACGUCCAUCUACUGGACUAAAGUGUGUUAUUUAUUGUAAGACACAUUCUGAAUUAUUGUACAAUAAAAAUUGCAAGCUCCUCAUUUAGCUAAUGUAAAUAGAUAAACCUUUUGCAAAAUACCUCAAAAAAUAUAUAAAUCCUGAAACUUAAUUAUUACCAUUUUAAAUGUUAAGUUGUUUGCAAACUUGCUACCAAAAAGUCAGGCACUUUCUACAAGCAUGGCCUAAAACCAGAAGCUAAGAAGUUGUUACUGAAAAAUAGACCUAUACUUAGGCAUUAUACAGGAUCAGGGCAGCAACUAGAGUCUCUGGCACUCGGGGCAUGAAUUGAUUCAUGCGCCCCCCCUCCCCCUCUUUUUUGCACAUACCACACCAAUAAAGCGGGGGAUCUGAGGGCCCUCCCACGGAAAAAUGGUGCUAUUUAAGUAUUUUCGGUACCUACAUGUAACAGUUUCUGUGCUACUGUAACUUCCAUGCAUGAACCCACUAGUAGGAAUUACAAUGCAAGCGAUUUCGGCGCCCCCACAGCUUUGCGCCCGGGGCGUAUGCCCCGCUUGCCCCCCCCCCCCCCCCCUAGUUGCGGCCCUGUACAGGAUAACCUAAUAUAUUCUUAUAUCCUCUUCAUUACUUAUUAUUAUUUUUGUGUUUGUAUUUUGCAGCAUCUCUUAUAAUUUUGUAGUUGUAGUUUAAGAUUAUGUGGACUACUACAUUGUACUGUUGCAUAGCAAAGAAAAAAAAAUAUUGCGUGAAAAAUAGCUUGGUUAUGAAUUCACUCAGAGGACAUUGUUGUUUUAAUCACCUAUCACAAUAACAUCACAACAAUUAUGGCACAAUUUAAUUACAGUAAGUAAUCUUUUCAGCUGUUGGUUAUCUAAAUUUAAUUUAUGUGGUUUUGUAAUGUGCUGAAGUUUUUGUUCUGGUAUUGAACCUUCCUUGUGCCUGGGAGGGUUUUGUGAAGUGACAGUUUUUUGUCUGCAUAGAUCUCUGUGUUGAUGUAGUUAUGAGAGCAACAGGCAGUAUAUUAGCCGGAUAUUUUGACCGGAGUUCUCCCAUUUGUGCAGUUAAACAGAUUAUAAAUGAAACUGGUAUCCAGAA